GUUAUAAACCAAAGGGACCCUCCUGGAAAAAUGAAGAACUGCUGGAAAAUCCCAGUUUUCUUCUUUGUAUGCAGUUUCCUGGGACCCUGGGCAUCUGCAACUCCUAAGCGUCGCCCAAGAUUUCCUGCCAAUUCCGCUUCUAAUGGUGGAAGUGAAAUGUGUCCCAAGAUCAGGAUUGGCCAAGAUGACCUGCCAGGGUUUGACCUGAUUUCUCAGUUCCAAAUUGAGAAAGCUGCGUCCCGCAGGACCGUCCAGAGGGUGGUGGGUUCCACUCCUCUACAAGUGGCUUACAAGCUGGGAAGUAACGUAGACUUGAGGAUUCCGACGAGGCAUUUGUAUCCCAGCGGACUGCCUGAAGAAUAUUCCUUUUUAACUACUUUUCGGAUGACCGGAAGCACCCUGGAAAGGCACUGGAACAUUUGGCAGAUCCAGGAUUCCUCAGGGAGGGAGCAAGUCGGCGUGAAGAUAAACGGCCAAACGAAGUCGGUUGCAUUUUCAUACAAGGGACUGGAUGGGAAUCUCCAAACCGCAGCCUUUUCGAAUUUGCCAUCCUUGUUUGACUCCCAGUGGCAUAAGAUUAUGAUUGGCGUGGAGAGAGCAAGCGCCACUCUUUUCAUUGACUGCGUCAGGAUCGAAUCCUUACCUAUAAAGCCAAGGGGCCCGAUUGACGCUGAUGGCUUCGCUGUGCUGGGGAGACUUGUGGACAAUCCUCAGGUUUCUGUUCCCUUUGAACUCCAGUGGAUGCUGAUUCAUUGCGACCCUCUGAGACCCAGGAGAGAAACGUGUCAUGAGCUGCCAGUCAGAAUCACACCUAGCCAGACCACCGAAGAGAGAGGACCCCCGGGCGAGCAGGGACCUCCAGGGCCUCCGGGACCUCCUGGAGUUCCAGGCAUAGAUGGCAUCGAUGGAGACCGAGGUCCAAAGGGUCCCCCCGGCCCUCCGGGACCUCCUGGGGAACCGGGCAAGCCAGGAGCACCGGGCAAGCCAGGCAUACCAGGCGCUGAUGGAUUAACAGGACCUGAUGGAUCCCCUGGCUCCGUUGGACCUAGGGGACAGAAAGGAGAACCUGGUGUGCCUGGGUCUCGUGGAUUCCCAGGCCGUGGGAUUCCAGGACCCCCCGGUCCUCCUGGGACCACAGGACUUCCUGGAGAACUUGGCCGUGUAGGACCCAUUGGUGACCCUGGGAAAAGAGGACCACCCGGCCCUCCUGGACCCCCAGGACCUAGUGGAACAAUUGGAUUUCAUGAUGGAGACCCAUUGUGCCCCAAUUCCUGCCCACCAGGUCGUUCUGGAUAUCCAGGAAUACCAGGCAUGAGGGGCCAUAAAGGGGCGAAAGGAGAAAUUGGUGAACCAGGAAGACAAGGACACAAGGGUGAAGAAGGUGAUCAAGGAGAACUGGGAGAAGUUGGAGCUCAAGGACCUCCAGGAACUCAAGGUCUGAGAGGCAUCACGGGCAUAGUUGGAGACAAAGGAGAAAAAGGUGCUCGGGGAUUUGAUGGAGAGCCUGGACCUCAGGGCAUCCCAGGUGCAGCUGGUGAUCAAGGACAGCGAGGGCCUCCAGGAGAAGCAGGUCCUAAGGGAGACAGAGGCCCUCAAGGUUCCCGGGGACUUCCUGGAUCUCCUGGGCCAAAAGGAGACACGGGCUUGCCAGGUGUAGACGGUCGAGACGGAAUACCUGGGAUGCCUGGAACAAAGGGUGAAGCAGGGAAGCCUGGACCUCCCGGUGAUGUGGGAUUGCAGGGUUUACCGGGCGUACCUGGGAUUCCUGGUGCAAAAGGUGUUGCUGGUGAAAAGGGUAACACAGGUGCUCCAGGGAAGCCUGGUCAGUUGGGAAGUUCAGGAAAACCAGGCCAACAAGGGCCUCAGGGAGAGGUCGGGCCUCGAGGACCCAGGGGCCUUCCUGGCAGUAGAGGGCCAGUAGGACCAGAAGGGUCCCCAGGCAUUCCGGGGAAACUGGGAUCUCCUGGUAGCCCUGGCCUUCCGGGCCUGCCCGGGCCCCCUGGACUUCCUGGAUCGAAAGGCGACAGGGGUGUGUUUGGUGAACCAGGUCCUAAGGGUGAACAGGGUGCCUCUGGUGAAGAAGGUGAAGCAGGAGCAAGGGGUGAUCUUGGAGAUAUGGGACCACCUGGCUCAAAGGGAUCUGUGGGUAACCCGGGCGAACCUGGCCUGAGGGGGCCUGAAGGAGUCAGAGGGCUCCCUGGAGUGGAAGGACCGAGAGGCCCACCUGGCCCUCGAGGCGUGCAGGGAGAACAGGGUGCCACUGGGCUGCCUGGUAUCCAGGGCCCUCCGGGCAGAACACCGACAGAUCAGCACAUCAAGCAGGUUUGCAUGAGAGUCGUGCAAGAGCAUUUUGCUGAAAUGGCUGCUAGCCUCAAGAGACCAGAUGUAGGAGCCUCUGGCCUUCCUGGGAGGCCUGGUCCCCCAGGGCCUCCAGGACCCCCUGGAGAGAAUGGUUUCCCUGGUCAGAUGGGAAUCCGUGGCCUUCCAGGCAUGAAGGGUCCCCCUGGGGCUCUUGGCUUAAGGGGACCUAAAGGUGACUUGGGAGAGAAAGGAGAACGUGGCCCUCCAGGAAGAGGUCCUAAGGGUUUGCCUGGCUCCAUAGGUCUCCCAGGUGAUCCAGGACCUGCCAGCUACGGGAAAAACGGCCGAGAUGGAGAGCAAGGUCCCCCGGGAGUGGCAGGAAUUCCUGGCGUGCCGGGACCCCCGGGUCCUCCGGGCGCUCCUGGUUUCUGUGAGCCAGCCUCUUGCACCCUGCAGUCUGGUCAAAGAGCAUUCAGCAAAGGUCCUGACAAGUGAAAGCCUUAGCAUUAUAGGCCCUCUACACAAACCAUGCCCGGUAGAGGAGCGUGGAGGAGAAGCAAUAUCCACCACUGGGACAAAGACCAAAAGGUUUCACCUCUGACAUGAUUACACAAGUCCUACUUGACAAUCAGAUUUAGAACCAUGGUGCUAUUCAGUGAGUCCUCUUCCUUGUCCAUGGAAGGAAGACAGGACAGUCAUCGGACAAAAAUCAAAUCCAAUUUCUUUUGAGCCAAACUUACAAUCCUCUUCCCAGGAUCUUGAACUUUGCCGUGCUAGGAUAAAUAUGUGAUGUAUUGUGGGCCACUGUGCCGAUAACAACAACAAAACUGUUUAGUUUACCUCAAUUGCUGUCCUCAUCUUCAUCUCAAUUUACAUAUUGUUCUCAGAUUAUUAAUUCAGUUAUAUCAAAUAUCGCUAGGAUAGUAAGGAAAAAAAAAAACACCCACUACAUUCGAUAAAACCGGUGCUUAAAAUCUCCAUCAGGGUUGUGUCACAGAAGCGAUCUCUGUACAGUAUGCGGUGGUUUCCAUCUUUAGUCUGAAUCUGUGAGUAGCACGUACUGUAGCCCAAACCCAUUCAUACUUUAAAGUCUUCUAUAUGAAAGCAAAGAGUGAUUUUUAAUACCCCGAGAUGCAUACGUUUUAUUGCUGACAUUAUUUAUUUUAAAAGUUUGGGGUAACAUGUCUGGCUGUACCAAAGAACAAAUAAACAUGGUUUCAUAAUCUUUUGUAUGUUUUCAAAUAUAUAGUCAUGUUAAAUGUGGUUACAUGUUGAUUGAACUCUUUUAGAUGCAUUAAA